UCUCAAACAAUCAACCAAAACUCUAAAAUUCGAAAAGAUGAGCAAUAAUAAUCAAUGGUCAAUCUUGGGCAGGAGUACAUAUGGUAAAAUGUACACACUUAAUUUUGAUGGAUCAUAUAAUAAUCAAGCUAACAAAUCUGGUGCUGGCUGUGUUAUAAGAGAUAGCCAAGGAGAAUUGGUUGUUGCUGCAGCCUAUAAUCUUACUGAAACUUAUCCUGACAAUUGCAACGUUGCUAUUGUUGAAGCUGUUGCACUACGUAACGGAUUGAAGUUGGCGAAAGAUCACAACCUUAACAUUAAUAUCAUUAAAGGGGAUAAUACGGAGGUCAUUGAUCAUGUGUUGGAGCGAAGUCGAAGGACAUCUAAACCGCCGUUAAGCAGGAUCAUUCAACAAAUUAUUGGAAUGAUCGAUGGUCAGAAUAUUUUGAUCAUUGAUAGAGAAGCUAAUCGAGUUGCAGAUAAGUUGGCGUCUUGGGGGUGUAACAGGCUUCAAGAAGGGGUCCGUAUGUUCUAUGCCACCGAUGCUGACCUUCCUCCUCAGGUGUCUGAGCUUAUAAGUCAAGAGAAAUCAUCAUUCAGCAGCAUAAGAGAAGAGUAUGAUGGAGAGGGAGGUAGUAGCUUGGCUGAAAACAUCGGUAUGGCUGGAGCCGCGGUUGCUGGAGUAGCAAUGUUAGCAUGGGGUAUGUACAAGCUCAUGUCUGGUGAAAGCUCUGCAGAUAAAGACGAAGACAAGGAUAAAGCAAAAGCACCUCAACCAAGGGAAUUCGAUUAGUCCUUGGACUCAGGUCGAACUCAUUGGAAGAGAUGACAACAAAAUGGCUAAUGAAUUGGCAUCCUUGGGAUCUAAACUCGGGUUUUUAAGGGAAUUGAGUUAUGGUAACUUGGAUUGCACAACCACAAUUUCAUAACCCAAAUUGUACAUUAAACAACUGAACUAACUCAUCUUGAAUAGAUCGACUUGAAAAUGA